CCGCCCCCUGGGGGAGGGGCCGGUGUCCGCGCAGACUCAGAAGCGGCGCGAAGGGGCUGGUGGAUUUAAAAUAAUCGUGAGUGGGAUCGUGAAAGCAGAGCGGAGUGAGGACGCGGCGAGUCAGGACACAGGACACAGGCACAAUGUCUCAGUCAAAAGGCACCGUGGUUCUUGCCUACAGUGGUGGUUUGGACACCUCAUGUAUUCUGGUCUGGUUGAAGGAACAAGGAUAUGAAAUUAUCGCGUAUCUGGCUGACGUUGGACAGGAUGAAGACUUUGAAGCAGCUCGAAAGAAGGCGCAGUCUUUGGGAGCCAAGAAGGUUUUUAUUGAAGAUCUGCGGAAGGAGUUUGUAGAAGAGUUCAUCUGGCCUUGGGUGCAGUCAGGCGCCGUGUAUGAGGAUAGAUACUUCCUCGGAACAUCACUGGCUAGACCCUGUAUUGCUAGGGGUCAGGUCAAGAUUGCAAAGCAAGAGAAAGCUCAGUUUGUGUCCCAUGGAGCUACAGGAAAGGGAAACGAUCAGGUCCGGUUUGAACUGACUUGCUAUGCACUGUAUCCUGAAGUUAAGAUCAUCUCCCCGUGGAGGUUACCAGAGUUCUAUAAUCGUUUCUUGGGACGCCAGGAGUUGAUAGCAUAUGCAAAGGAGCAUGACAUUCCCAUUCCUGUCACUCCCAAAAACCCUUGGAGUAUGGAUUCUAACAUCAUGCACAUCAGCUAUGAGUCUGGGAUCUUGGAAAACCCCAAGAACCACGCACCAGAUGGUAUGCUUACGAUGACAGUUGACCCGGUGAAGUCUACAAACACCCCUGACAAACUGGAGAUUGAAUUCAAACGAGGUGUUCCUGUCAAGGUCACCAACCUGGGCGAUAAGACCACUUACAGCUCAGCCCUUGAACUGUUCAUGUACCUCAAUGCAAUUGGGAGUAAGCAUGGGGUUGGACGGAUAGACAUCGUAGAGAAUCGCUUCAUUGGCAUGAAAUCACGCGGUAUCUAUGAGACCCCAGGUGGGACAAUUCUGUAUCACGCUCAUACGGACAUUGAGACCUUCACCAUGGACAAGGAAGUGAGGAAAAUCAAGCGGGAUCUGGCAGUGAAGUUUUCGGAGCAGCUGUACAAUGGAUUUUGGAACAGCCCUGAGUGUGCUUUUGUCCGUCAUUGCAUCAACAAAUCACAGGACAAUGUUGAAGGGAAAGUUCAACUGUCUGUGUUUAAGGGACAAGUUUACAUCCUUGGUCGGGAAUCACCUACUUCUCUGUACAACGAAAAACUUGUCAGCAUGAACGUGCAGGGGGAUUAUGACCCAACUGAUGCAGGUGGAUUUCCUAAUCUGUUUUUAAACAGGUUGAAAGAAUACCAUCGACUCCAAAGCUCAGAAGUAUCAAAAUCAUGAAUGAAUUCUGGCACCGGCUUUCUAGAAUGCAUUUUAAUAUACAAAUUGUAAAACAGUUUGGUGAAAGUGCAAGUUCCAUGUAUGUUGCUGGUUUCAUUUUAAAUAAAGUGAAUAAUCUUGAACACACAAA